UACACAGAUCUAAUGGAUGUAAUAAACGUUUAAGUUUUCACAAAUUGUAUAUUAUUAUUUAAAAAAAAAACAGAAAUUAAAAUUUUACUUUGUUUUCUUCCUGUACUACAAUGGCGGAUGAUCUUCAAAAUUAUAAAUUACAAUUACAACAGGUUGAGGCUGCACUUUUGACUGAUCCAGAAAACUCUGAGUUAUUAAAGUUAAAAAAGGAUUUAGAAGAGGUAAUUGAAUUAACGCGGGAUCUUAUUCGCACACAAUUGGAGGAACAAAAAAAAUCUUCAUAUAUUGAACCGGCUAAUACCAGCACUGGUCGUUUGUAUGAUGAAAUUGAAAAAGCAUUAAUUGCUGCUGAAAAACUUGUACCUACAAAACAAUGGAAAAUAGGUGAUAAGUGUCAAGCUAAAUGGAGCGAAGAUGGUAAUUAUUAUGAUGCCACAAUUGAAGGUAUUACAACAGAAGGUGAAGUAAGUGUUGUUUUUGAUGCUUAUCAAAAUCGUGGAACAACAAUGUUAAAGGAUAUUAAGGAAAGAAAUACAAGACAAGAAGUUUUCCCUUCCACAAAGCGUCACAGACCAAAUCAAAAAGAAUAUCUCAAGAAAAGGAAACAAAAAAAACUGCAACGUUUCAAAGAAUUAGAGGAAGAACGAGAACAAGAUAAGAACAAAUGGAUAAAUUUUACACAAAAGCAUAGUAAAAAAUCUGGAGUUAAAGUUAAAAGUAUAUUUGCCUCACCUGAUAAUGUUAAUGGUCGUGUUGGAAUUGGUACAUGCGGUGUCGCUGGAAAACCUAUGACUGAAUUUGUUGUGGGUGAAAAAUAUCGUAAAGGCAUAUAGAUUAUUAUAAAUUAUUUUAAAAUAAAAAUAUAUUUGAAAAGUUUAAUACUGCUUUAAAUUUUGAUAUGAUUUUAUUAUAAGAAUUAUGUACAAUUAAUAAGGAUUGUUUAAAAUUUGAAGAAUUUUAACGUUAAUUAAUUCUUUUGUAAUGUUUAAAAAGAAUCCUCUCUUUAUAUGCAAAAUACAAAUGUGUUUAAUUAUUAAAGAUAGUGACAAUUUUCUGAAUGAAAAUUAAAAUAAAUUAAUAUUG